GAGAGAGAGAGAGAGAGAGAGAGUGUGAGUGAGAGCAACAGAAACAUUAUCAACCAAACAAACCUCGCUAGCAACGUGUUUAUGCGUGCCUUCCUUGAUUCUCUUACCGUUUCGAUUUACGAAGAGUCGCAACGAUGAAGAUCGAGGAGGUGAAAAGCACUGCCAAAACACAGAGAAUCUCCGCGCACACGCAUAUCAAGGGCUUGGGGCUCGACGAGAAUGGUAUCGCCAUACAAAACGCAGCCGGUCUUGUGGGUCAAGAAAUGGCGCGUGAGGCAGCUGGAAUUGUUGUCGAUAUGAUAAAGUCAAAGAGAAUGGCAGGACGUGCUGUAUUAUUGGCUGGUCCACCAGGCACAGGCAAGACUGCUAUAGCUCUUGCUAUUGCUCAAGAACUUGGUAACAAAGUACCUUUUUGUCCUAUGGUGGGUUCAGAAGUUUAUAGUUCUGAGAUAAAGAAGACAGAGGUACUCAUGGAGAACUUUAGAAGAGCUAUUGGCUUGAGAAUCAAAGAGACAAAGGAAGUAUAUGAGGGUGAAGUAACAGAGUUGACACCUGUGGAAACAGAGAAUCCCAUGGGUGGUUAUGGCAAAACUGUCUCACAUGUAGUUAUUGGUUUAAAGACAGCCAAGGGUACCAAACAAUUAAAGCUAGAUCCUUCCAUAUAUGAGUCUUUGCAAAAAGAGAAGGUAGAAACUGGUGAUGUAAUCUAUAUUGAGGCAAACAGCGGUGCUGUAAAGAGACAAGGCCGAAGCGACAAUUUCGCUACAGAAUUUGACUUGGAAGCGGAGGAAUAUGUUCCAUUACCGAAAGGUGAUGUACAUAAAAAGAAGGAAGUUAUCCAGGAUGUAACACUGCAUGAUUUGGAUGUAGCUAAUGCUAAACCACAGGGAGGUCAGGAUAUAAUGUCAAUGAUGGGGCAAUUGAUGAAACCUAAAAAGACAGAAAUUACAGACAAGCUCCGGAAAGAAAUAAAUAAAGUAGUGAACAAGUAUAUCGAUCAAGGUAUCGCUGAGCUAGUGCCAGGAGUAUUGUUCAUAGAUGAAGUUCACAUGCUUGAUAUAGAGACGUUUACGUACUUACACCGUGCUCUGGAGAGCGCUAUAGCACCGAUUGUUAUUUUUGCUACAAAUCGUGGCCGUUGCAUAAUUCGGGGCACUGAAGACAUCAUUUCUCCGCAUGGCAUACCUCUCGACCUGUUGGAUCGUCUACUCAUCAUCAGGACUCUUCCUUAUUCCAGGCAAGAGAUCGAACAGAUCGUGAAACUGAGAGCCGUCACGGAAGGCUUACAAAUCGAAGACGACGGUCUAUCUGCUCUCGCUGAACUCGGCACAAAAACCACUCUGCGAUAUGUAGUACAGCUUUUGACACCCGCGUCCUUAGCAGCGAAGGUCAACGAGAGAACCAGCGUGAAAAAGGAAGACGUCGACGAAGUUAGAGCGCUUUUCUUAGAUGCUAAGUCGUCUGCCAAAAUAUUGACGCAAAAUCAAGAUAAAUUUAUGAAAUAAAAAUUACAAUAUUAAGUAUUACAGUAAUUCUUCAAUACAAUAAUUUCUUCGAAGUUGCUUCCCUUCAUUUUCCAGAAUCCAGACUAAAAAAUAAUUUGGUCAACUCGUGAUUGAUUCAUCAGAUUCUAUUUUCAAAUUUUCUCUGUCGUAUCAGAAUGAUAAUUGCCUGAAUUGUAUAUAUAGCAUGGUAAUGUUAGUAUAAUAUUAUAAUUAACGAAGAACAUAUAUAUUGCUAAAGAUUUUCAUACAAACUGAUCUUACGUAUAAAUAUGUCGUUUGUAUAAAUAAUAUAGAUUGCACAA